AUGGCCACUACAAAUAAUGUGACUGAAUUGAUUAUCACUGGCCUUUUCCAGGAUCCAGAGGUGCAGAGAGUGUGCUUUGUGUUGUUUCUCCCCGUCUACCUGGUCACAGUGGUGGGUAAUGGGCUCAUUGUUGUGACAGUCAGUGUCAGUAAGAGUCUGAGUUCCCCAAUGCACUUCUUCCUAAGCUACCUGUCCUUGGUGGAGAUCUGUUACUCCUCUACAGUUGUCCCUAAAUUCAUCACUGACUUACUUGCUAAGAUUAAAACCAUCUCAUUGAAGGGCUAUCUGGCUCAGAUAUUCUUCUUCCAUUUCUUUGGGGUUGCUGAGAUCCUUUUGCUUGUGGUGAUGGCCUAUGACCACUAUGUGGCCAUCUGCAAGCCUCUUCAUUAUAUGAACAUAAUGAGUCACCAAUGGUGUCACAUGCUGGCGGCUGGUUCUUGGCUGGGGGGCUUUGUUCACCCCAUAAUUCAAGUUCUCAUCUCUAUCCAGUUGCCCUUCUGUGGUCCCAAUGUGAUUGACCACUAUUUCUGUGAUCUCCAGCCAUUAUUCAAGCUUGCCUGCACUGACACCUUUGUAGAGGGGGUCACUGUAUUGGCCAAUAGUGGAUUAAUUGCCCUGUGCUCCUUCUUCAUCUUAGUCUCCUCAUACAUUGUCAUCCUGGUCAACUUGAGGAACCAUUCUGCAAAAGGGAGGCACAAAGCCCUCUCCACCUGUGCCUCUCACAUCACAGUGGUCAUCUUGUUCUUUGGACCUGUCUUCCUUUACAUGAGACCCUCUUCCACCUUCACUGAGGACAAACUCGUGGCUGUGUUCUACACAGUCAUCACUCCCAUGCUGAACCCCAUCAUCUACACUCUCAGAAAUGCAGAGGUGAAAAUUGCUAUGAGGAAGUUGUGGGGUAUGAAAAAAGGUCUCUGGUUAUUAUUGAAGUUUCUUUUGUUUCUUUGA